AUAUACCUUAGUCCUUUCUCUAGUGAGAUCUCCUCUCUCUCACAUGUAACCUACUUUAUUUAUUCUAUCACAUCUCUAUAACAAUCAUACAACUCCAUAUAUUUUUCCUUUCUUUUUCUCUUCACAAAAGAAGCCCUUCUUGAUGAAGUUCACAAGCAUCCAUCAACAUCCUCUCAUGUUACAAAACUAAAAAUCCAUGCAUGAAAUCAUUCAAAGAUAUCUUUGCCUCUUCCAAAGGAAACUCAAACACAACUAAUUUCCUCUAUUCCUCCACCUCUCCCUUUAUCAUUUCUUUAUAUAUAUUUACUUAUUCAAUUUUAUACACUGUUCAUUAUUAGGGUUUCUUCACUCUAGCUCUUCACACUUGACAAAAAGGAGAAGAGCGAAGCGGCUAAAAUCUUUCUCGUAUGACGAGUCAAGAUAACAAAGACGAAAGCCAGAGCUCCGAUGGUGGCCGUAAAACGUCGGCGGCGAGGCCACAAGAACCAGCUUUGAAUUGUCCAAGAUGUGAUUCUCCCAACACAAAGUUUUGCUAUUACAACAAUUACAGUCUUUCACAACCAAGACAUUUCUGCAAGACCUGCAGAAGGUACUGGACUAAAGGGGGAGCCUUACGCAACGUCCCGAUAGGCGGUGGUUGCCGUAAAAACAAGAAGAUAAAGACUUCGUCUUCCACUUCAAGAUUUUCUGGGGAUUCAAAAGAUACAAUUAGUGGUUCUUCAGAUAUUGGUGGGCUCAAGUUUUUUCAUGGUCUUUCACCAGCUAUGGAUUUUCAACUUGGAGGACUAAAUUUUCCAAGACUAAGCACUACUUCAACAUCUGGUGGAAGUAUUUUCAACCAGUAUUCUUCAUUUGGGGACAUUUCCACUACUACUAAUUCUGCUGCAAAUAUUGGGUCAAGUUCUUGUUUUAGUCUUGAUCCUUCAGGAAGUUGUUCUGGUUCUUUGUUGGGAUUCAAUAACUUCCCUUUCUCAACUUCUAUGCUAAAACAAGGUAUUACUGGAAUUCAAGAAAUAGGAUCAAUGGGAGUUCAUCAUGGCACAAUGGCAUCUUCUAUAGAGUCAUUAAGUUCAAUAAACCAAGAUUUGCACUGGAAAUUACAACAACAAAGACUGGCCAUGCUUUUUGGUGGGGAGAAUCAAAAAGAGAACAUUGGUUCAUCAUCAAUCCCUGUUGAAAAUCAAAGCCAAAUUCAAAAGCCACAGCCCAUUUUGUUUCAAAAUUUGGAGAUAUCAUCAAAACAACAAGAAGAUCAAGAAGCAGCAGCAUUUGGAAAUACUAAUGUUAAUUCAAGAAAAGAUUGUAGUACUGGAAGUGGGAAUAAUUUGGCAACUGAAUGGUUCUUUGAUAACUCCUUUGGAACAGUAAAUCCAACUUCAACAAAUAGCAGCAGUGGAAAUGCAAAUGAUCAAAAUGCCAACAAUUGGAAUAGUAUUCAAGCUUGGAACAAUUUGAAUCAGUACAGUACAUUGCCUUAAUUAGCUCUAUUAUAAUUUAUACUAAACUAUUUAGGCCCUCUUUCCUUUGAGUUAUGGAAAAAAACAGCUAAGUCAAUUAGGAAUUAGUUUUUGUUUUUUGAUCUUUUUUUUUUUCUUUUUCUUGUUAUUUCAGUUCUGCAAGACACUGAUCAAAAGUUUUAAUACUGAACUUAUUGUAACUGUUUAUUAUUAAGAUGAUGAUGGUGGUUAAUAUUUCA